UUCGAGUCUGCACACGGCCCCUGGUACAAGUGCAGAGUGCAUACAUUCAGUUUGUGGCGCUCACUUUUGAUGUUGAAUGUUAACCAACGACGACGAGAUAUGUUGUCUUUUUCAGCAGACAUCCUGUCAAUAGUACAGGAUUCUCGCAAGGUCUGCUUUUUAUCUUUAUAGACUCAUUCGCCAGGCCGUAGCAUAUGGCAAGGCCAAGGUGGGGCCCAGAUUUGCGCAUUAUUGUUGAUUUCGGUUAAUACAUUUCCAAUGCGUGAUUAGAACUAGUUAACACGUGCAAUGGCAACAUCUAAUAUAGGAGCUAGCUAUCUAACUUCAAAUUCAGUCGAGUCUCAGGGACGUGUUAUUUAUGGGGAUGGUAGCGCAGAGGUGGACAGUGGCAGUGUUGUGUAUCCUUACACUGUUCUGGCCAUACUGUAAUGGGACCACUGGUCCAGAAUGCAGCACAGUCUCGGGGGAGAGGACGGUAGUCCACCCUCUGCCCACAGUUGACAGUCCGAUGGCAGAGCAGACGCAACGCCAGCACCUGGAGGCUCUGUUCAACAGGUACGGGGAAAAUGGAACAAUCUCUAUAUCCGGUCUGAAGCGUCUGCUGCAAAGUGUGGGCCUUGACCGUAUUCGUAAAGUGAUGGUUCAACACCACGAGCAAGCAGAAGAUGACAAUGCUGAGGCACAUGGUCACACACACCACCACCACCAUCACCACCACCAUCAACACCAUCAACAUCAUGAUCACAACAGCAACCAACGGCAAAAACACAGUCACUCGGAAACCACCGAGCCCAAAAAAGGCCCCAAGGACCCGAAGGUCCCCAAAGAAGAGGAGCCCACCCCGGGGAAGAAGGUGGAGAACUCGGACGCCCACCACAAUCUGUACGUGAAGAAGACCACCACCUCCGGUCAGGAGAUGAGCACCACUCCCACGUACACCACCAACGUGGUGGUGAAGUCCGUAGAGCGACGCAGGCGUAGGGACGCAGACGAUGACCUGUCCCAGGACAGGGGUCCUGUUGUCAAUCAAACACACCUGAAUAUCACAAAGGGAGGAAUGAUGGAACAUGUGAGCAAUGUGCUGGUCUCAGAGGACCAAACCCAGCCACCUGUGAUGAGCCAGGAAGGUUCUGAUGACCAGCACUUGCAUGAUCAUGAUGAGCACCUUAAUCAAAGUCUUGACCAUGUAGAGGACAAGGGCGAGUGUCUUAAUGCCUCCAGCCUCUUGACCUCCCAUGGGAUGACCAAAGAGGGGGUCCUCACUAUGAGAGACUUCAGCUACCUCUGCCCUGCCCUCCUCAACCAGAUUGACAAAAAGUCCUGCAUACGGCAUGGUGACAACCACACGCACGAAGAGACAGACCAUAAACUGCACAACCACCACAGUCAUCAUCACCCUCACAACCACAACGAGACUGACUAUGAGGAAAACCGCAAACACUCCAUUGCUGCAGCAUGGGUCGGAGGUAUCGUCUCCAUCACAGUCAUCAGCCUGCUGUCCCUGGCGGGUGUGGUGCUCAUUCCCCUGAUGAACCGAGUGUUCUUCAAGUUCCUGCUCAGCUUCCUGGUGGCCCUGGCUGUGGGCACGCUCAGUGGAGACGCCUUCCUGCACCUCAUCCCCCACUCCCAGGGAGGCCACCAGCAUCAUCAUGAUCUGAAUGAGACAUCUGGACACGGUUCCCAUGGGGAGGAGGACGAGCUGUAUGACCUGGACCCGGUGUGGAAGGGGCUGACGGCUCUCAGCGGAGUCUACAUCAUGUUCCUGAUUGAACAUUUCCUCACGUUGGGCAAGAUGUACAAGGACAGGAAGAAGAAGGUACCGAAAAAAUGGGCUCCCGAAGACAAGGUGGAGACUGAGAAACUACCUGCACUGGAGGAGAACGACCUGAAGCCAGCUGAGGAUUUGGAAACCAAUGGCGGGAGCAUAUUCGGUGACCACGGCGACAGUGUCCACGGGGGCAGCCUGGCGGAGGAGGAGGAGGUGAUGCUAGCGCCCCCUGCCGUCGUCGUCACCCCGGAGGGCUACGCCUCGGCCUCGGGCCCCUACACGGCCGAGGAGUGCGAGAACAAGUGCCACUCGCACUUCCACGACACGGUGGGCCAGCCCGACAACAUGCACCACCAUCACCACGACUACCACCACAUCCUGCACCACCACCACUCCCAGAACCACCACCCGCACAGCCACUCCCACUCAUACUCGGAGCAGCACUUCCAGCAGGCGGGCGUGGCCGCCCUCGCCUGGAUGGUCAUCAUGGGGGACGGCUUGCACAACUUCAGCGACGGCCUGGCCAUAGGUGCAGCAUUCACUGAAGGGCUAUCCAGCGGUCUCAGUACAUCUGUAGCUGUGUUCUGUCAUGAACUACCUCAUGAGUUAGGUGACUUUGCUGUGCUGCUAAAAGCUGGGAUGACCGUGCGUCAGGCCAUUCUCUACAACGUGCUGUCUGCUAUGAUGGCUUACCUUGGCAUGAUCCCAGGCAUCCUCAUUGGGCACUAUGCUGAGAAUGUGUCCAUGUGGAUCUUUGCCCUCACUGCUGGGCUCUUCAUGUAUGUGGCGUUGGUGGACAUGGUUCCUGAGAUGCUGCACAACGACGCAGGGGACCAUGGCUUCAGCCACUGUGGAUUCUUCCUGCUCCAGAACGCAGGCAUUCUGCUGGGCUUUGCCAUCAUGCUCCUCAUUGCCAUCUUCGAACACAAAAUCCACCUGGACAUCGAUAUAUGACAUGGUUUUCAAAUCUAGGAACCACAAGCUCCUUAUGUGUAGAGGCUUUCAUGUAUUCUGACUUUGGGCCAUGACCAAGUGCAUGAUGUUUAAAGGGCCAUAUUGAAAAGAAAGGGGGGUUCUUUGGGGACCAGACAUUUUGUGCAAAAAUCCUGAUACUAACUGACCAAACAUCGGGGGCCUGUUAGACUACUCUAAAAGUACACCGUCAAAUACUCAUGAUCUAACAUGAUUGUAUGGGUGAAAGCCAUUGCUUUUCUUCAAAGCUUGUGAUUAGUGCAAUCACAUUGGAUUAAGGAUGUAUUUUCUGCCCCAGUAUAGAGCCUGCUUUAGUUAACGGUGUUCUCACCUCACUAGAGGGGUGUUUGGUCACACAAUUUGAUACCAUUCCAAGCAAUAUGAUUUUCCUGAAUUGUGUCUUGUGGAGUUCAUCUGAUCAGGUUACUUUUUAAAAUCUAGUAUACAAUCUCUUGUAGGUUGUCAUUGUUAGUCGUUACUACUGAUCAAGACAAACAACCAAAUGUAUUACUAUGUCUAAAAUGGAUAUGUUGGGGUUGAGCUUUAUUUGUGGGAAUCAGGAUGUUAGGCUAAAUUAUUUUUAUGUUGGGGUACUGUUACACCAAUGAGACAAUUCAAAUAUAAGGCAAAAUGUUAUGCCUUAAUACAAGUUUCAAAAUCCAUGCUGUUAUUGGUAGCUACCAGAACAUUUGUACUUUGUGGCCAGAACUUUUGCUUUUGUAAAGCAAUGUGGAGUAUUUUGGUACGUUAUUAUUCUGUACCCUCAUCACUUACUUUGACCACAGCACAUCUCAGCAACUGCACAGUUACCACAGAUUCAAGUGCAUUGCUUACCUCUGUUCUGGAAAAGGGUCCUCAGUCCAACACACUGUGAUCAGAGUUUAAAGUCUGUUACGUUGUCCUUGUAGAGGACAGGCAAACUUGUAAAUGUUGUAAGUCGUUGCUUUGCAAAUUGUUGUAUAACUUGACUUAAAAAACAAACAAAAAAAGGAUGAAAUUUGAAUGUUUCAAUUACUAUUAUUAUUAUUUUUAAGCUAUGCUAUUGGUUACAAAGUGUAGAAAAUGGAAGGAGCAUGUCAUUAACCAGCCGUUAAGUUAUUGUGCCAAUGAUUCACACUGUGUUUAAAGAGCCUGGAUUUGAUUGUCUAGUUGCUACUUUUUUUAUGUUUGACAUUUCUUAAAGAGACAUACAUCAUGAAGGGAUAUUUGUAUGCUAUUGACUGUAAUGUACACUUAAGGUUUUUGUGUUUUACAUUCCAGAGCAUAAUAAAACAUAGUUGCUUACAA